UCAUGCUGGUUCUCUUUUUCUCUACAGCUCGCUCAGGGUGAAAGAACUCUGGCUGGAUACCAUUCUCUGGCAAACAAGAGAAAUCAUCAAGGGAGAAAAAGAAUCAGUAAAGUUCCAUCGGCUAAGUUCCCAAUGAAGGUGCUAGGAAGCUGCAAUGCACCAAAAUCCUUAAAUGCAAGUGAUAUGGAGACGUUGACUGCAUGCCAGUCAGAGGUUGACAUCAAGAAAUGUCAGUUGCUGGUUCCAUGUGAUGAUGAAGAUGGGAUGUGUCAUCUGAUAGAUAGUAAUAAGAAAAGAAAGAAAGUAAUAUCUUGGCCAUUUGUACUGAGACGAAACAUCACUGGGUCGGAAGCCUUGGGUCACCUGGAAGCUGACCUGAAGCCUUCUCUGUUUCAUCAGCCAUUGCCAAUGGUCUGCAGUGAGGAGGACAUACUCCCCAAACCAAUAAUGGAUAUCCUUACAAUUCUCUACCUGAAAGGUCCUUCUACAGAAGGAAUAUUCCGAAAAGCUGCCAAUGAGAAAGCACGCAAAGAGCUGAAAGAAGAGUUAAAUUCUGGAGGGAAAGUUGUCUUAAAAAAUGAACCUGUCCAUCUGCUAGCCGUGAUUUUUAAGGAUUUCCUCCGAAACAUCCCCCAGAAACUCUUAUUAUCUGAACUUUAUGAUGAGUGGAUGAUAGCACUUGAGAAAAUAAACCAUCACGAAAGAACCGAAGCAAUGAAACAGGUUGCAGGCAAACUCCCUCAGCCUAACCUUGUAUUGCUCAAGCAUCUGCUCUGUGUGCUACACCACAUCAGCAAGAACUCAGCAGUCAACAAAAUGGAUUCCAGCAAUCUUGCAAUCUGUGUUGGGCCCAGCAUACUGACUCCAGAUCACAAACAGCAACUGUCACUUGAAGCACAGAAAGACCUGACUGAUAAGGUGAAGACACUGGUGAAAUUCCUUAUUGAUAACUGCUCUGAUGUAUUUGGAGAAGAAAACUCUUUGCUAUUCAGUAUUUCUGAUGAUGAUUCCAUGGACAAGCCAGAAAUACUGUCUCCCAGCUGGCAAAAUGAUUCAGCAUAUGACAGCAUAGACUUUGAAGGUGAUUGCAGUUCUAGUGAUCUCCAGGAUAAACAUGUACGAGAAGUCACAACCAGGAGGCUGAGCACUGUAGAGCUACAGUCCCAUCAUCCACAAAGGGGGACUGCUUCUGUCUCUGCCCUGACUCCUUUUAAAAAAUCCAUAGGUCAACUGGAUAGGAGAUACUCCGAGCCAGACAUGUUUUCUUCUCAGGUCUGCCAUGAAGGCAGUAUGAGAAGCCAGAAGCUGACCAAAAGUGAAGAGAACUUUGUUCAGCAAAAAGAACUGAGUCUGAAGAGUCAACAACAUCUGACAAGCCUUCAUAGGAAUAAAAAGCCACCAAACCUAAGUAUAAAAAGUCAUUUGCAUUCAGAACUGUCAACCAAUUCCUUGCCCAGAACAUCCUCCAACAGUUCACUAGAUAGUUCCUCACCACUUUCUGAUUCUUCUGUCUUCACCAGCUCACCACUAACGUCACCUUCCAUCUCCAAGAAAAAUGUUUUUACACAGCCUCAGCCUUUCUCCACUAAAACUUCUGUUGGAAGUGACACAUCCAACCAAGAACUCAGAAAAAGUCAUUCAAAGUCAUUUUCUGUGGCAACUCGCAAGAAGGAACUAACUAAAACUGAAAGUUGCAGUAUAGUUGGUUUCCAAAGAGACAGUUUCAAAAAGGACUCCAAGAGAGAGAGGCCGCUUUCCUGUCGAAUAGUUCCAGGAGCAUAUGCCAACAGCCACAACCCAAUGCCUGUGGGAUGCCAACUGAGGCCUCGUCUCUUUUCAGCAGAUGAGGUGUUUCGAUUUGUUGAUCAGAAGAAUCCUGGAAAGCCACCAUCCUACAAAGAGGCUAUCAAAAACUGCUCAGCUGCUAAACUGCCCUCAUAUAAUACCUUAACUGUUCAAAAUAUGAGCUCAGCCAGAUUGCAUUUAGACUCUCAGCCUCAAUGUCCUAGGCCGAACAGAGAGGUUCCAAACAAAGUAUAUAAGGACAUCUUUAAUGACAAGCUUUCUGUUAUCAGUAAUCCUAAGGACAAAAUGCAAACCAUGGAUGUUGUUAUUGGAAUACAUUCCAGAGCUAAUUUGCCACUUACCCCGCAAGUCUACCGCUUGCGAACCAUGUCUGGGUCUUAUCAGAAGAAUAAACAAGAAUAUUUACCACAGCAGUGUAGUCAACCGACCUUUGAUGGUAUACAAUGUGCUAAGGAAUCCUAUGUUUAAACUAUCCAUCCCAUUUCCACACAAUGUAUGUGUGACUUAAACACAAGGUCUCUUGCCCAACAUCACUGCAACUAAAAUAAGCUCAUCUGUAUAAAACUUUCCCCAAAAGCUAGUUUUAUUUGUGUCAUAUGAAAUAUGUGUUCUACUAUUAAUGUAUAGCCUUUGUAUAUAAUGGAUAUCUCUGUACUUACCAGUGUUUGUAAAUUGUAAAAGCUACUAAAGCUAAGCAAUUGACAGUACUAUCCACCUUUUUUCCUAUACACAUUCCACAUGACAAUUCCCCUUAGAAGUUCUUCUUUAAAAUGUAGAUAUGAUCCUGAAAAUUAGAGGAACUAAAGAUGUGGGGAGUGGGCAGCUAUGGAAACACUUCUAGCCCAUCUUAACUUUAAACCAAAGCAGAAUUUUUAAGAAUGCUCUGCUUUGUCUGUUUUCACAUUAUUCAGUGGCACAGUUUCUGCCACUUCCUUUUUAGUGUUGUUUUCUGUUGAAAUAAACCUCAAUCAUAUAUUACAGUUUUGCCCAGAAAGCACAGGAUUCAAGUCUAAUUACAUCAUAAUAAAGCACUUUUUCU